AAUGAGGCUUACAAAUAAUUCAGGAAUAGGAUAUUAGUAAACAUUGUUAGUGAAUUUUCAGUUCCUUAAAGAAAGGUAUAUAUUAUCGUUUAUUUAAAUUGUUAUCAUACAUUUGCAUAAAGUUUAAACAUGUUAAAUUUAUCAUAACUAAUUAUUAAGUUUUUCCAUGCCAUUCUCAUCCAAAAAUCUAACUUUAACAAUAUUUUUGGUUGAAGGAUUAUUGAUGUAUCGGCCUUUUGCUAAUUGUGUUAAAGAAGCCAUAUUUUUUGACCAUGGAUUUCUACAUUGGAACCAUUUAUCUAAAAACUAUUUUAACUAUUAAUUUAGUAUAUAGUAGAAACUAAUUAACAAGUGGCUAAUAGAGUAAUGUGUUUCUUUGAGAAUGAUUGUUUCUAAAUCCUACUUAAGAGCUCUAAAAUAUUCACAUUCCCUUUUUAGUUCUUUAAAUAAUUUAAUCACAAUACAGACUGCCAUAAGUUUCUUUAGUUAUUUAAAGAGAUUGAUUACAAAGCGUUUGAUAAAGAGUUAAAUAAUAACGAUCCAAAUUUCUUAUACACCAUUCAGGACCCUAAAAUAAAAAAGAAACCAAUCAAAUUUGAAGAAGUGGUAAACUAAUCUAAUAAUCAAUCCGAAAACUAAACUUAAGAAUGAAACAAUUAUUCCUUAUUCAGACACCCGCUUUUUCUUAGAACACAAUGGUCAUAAUAAUGGUAAUAUCUCCUUAAUUUGA